AUGCCAUACUAUAAUUUGGAAAGUAGCGAAGUACAAAUUUCUCCGACUGUUUUAUCCUCGGAUCUAGUUACUCCAGCAGUACCGAGAAAAGUCACUCUUCCAUCUGUGGGGUAAGUCAGGCUCGGAAUUUUCACAGGCAUGUGAAAAUAAGGGUGGUUUGAAUGCAAGUGAACUUGCUCAGUCGUAUUAGCACUGCUUUUUACAGCCGUUACAAAAGAAAUGAUAUUUGCGAGGAACACCUGAGACAAGGCAACGAUUAGUCAUCUGUUGACUACCCUCUGCAUUUUUGCUUGAACCUCUGAUUAUGGAGUUAUGGUCAGAAGAACUGCCAUAAACGCCACAGUAAAUGCGCUCGAAAAUUGUGACUUGAUACUGUUAACUUUCUCACGAUCUGAAUAGGGUUUUCCGAAGGCCGAAUAAUGUAACGAGCUGGGGCUCCGAAAGCACCAAAUAUGGAGGUAUAGGAAAGCUGCCUUUGUUAACAAAAACUUCCCAUGCAGUUAACUAUGACGUCGUCACAAGUCGCAGCCAUAAACAUUACUCCAGUAGAGUCAAUGACUAGUAGGUGAAACAAAUUAUCAUACUUGUUAUCAAUAAUUGAAUUGUUAAUACGAUGGGCUAUUUCAGUGAGAAAUACGUUCAUUUUUAGUCAGACAACAGUCCAUACAAGCUUUGCCGUUGAUCACAAUCUUUUCCUAUUGUGGCAAGUUCGUUAAGUCUUUUGGUAAUCAUAGGAUGACCGGUUCAUGAAUAGCCUGGUCAUCCCUUGAAAAAGACAUCUUACUCAUCUUUUCCAGCAAUGCAUGCUCUCAACCUUAUGCUGUUACCUCGCUAUCUCUCAGCGGAUGCAGAAUGAACGAUCAGCUGUAAGUAUUUGUGAUAGCUUUCCUUGGAUUUAAAUCAGUGAUAUGGGUAAAUGUCGCGGCAGUGGAAUUCAUGGAUAUAUUUGACUAUUCCAUACCGGUUAAGUAUUAAUAACAGGAUAGCGUCAUAUUCCUUUCGUCAUUGUCGUUAUUUCAUCAUUUGCAUUGAAUUGGGUGUUGUUAAAAAAGGCGGUUACCGUGGUUAGUGAUCAGCAGCUUAUGAAAUAAUACUUGAAAAGAUAAGAAUUCAAUUUAAACUAUAGAUGGCAAAAAAAUUCCCUUUAUUUCGAGCCAAACAACAAGUCAAUAAAUGUGCGAAUCAUUUCAUUUUCUUUUUUUUCUGUUUUCUUGCAGAUUGCCAGCUCCCUUGAACACUGAGUAAGUGUUAAUGUCAAAAUGUAGCCAUGUAACAUACACAAAGAAGAGUUUGACAAAAGAUCAUGUAGCAAUUUCAAUGCACUACAUGUUCGCCAGCUUCAGUAUGGUAACAGCCAACAAAAUCCCCUUGUCAAUGUUGGGACUAAUGUAACGUCUUUUCAGACAGUACACCUGCUCAAAUGCAAGAAAUUUUGAAUGGAACCUCCUUUCGUCUUGUCAUCAUGUUUUCUUUUUUUUUCCUUGUACCAGGCAUGGAAAAUUGGACGAACCUUGGCCUGGACAUCCUUACACGUCUCACAUUUGUCAGUUUGACGUUUUUCCAAGAUUUGACCCUGUGCGCACAAAAUGUGAUGGUAUGACUAUCAAAGUCUGAUUCUUCUUUGGUUAAAAAAUUGUAUUAGAUGUUUACGUCCUCCCACCCCUCCCCUCUACGGUUGAGGAUUCUUUUUUUUUACCUUGGCUUGGACUUCCACGAAAGUUUUAAUUACAAUUCGUGUUCUAUUGGUUUCGCUUUCCGUCGGUUUUUCAUUGGUCACUUACUUCUAGUGUUGCUUAUUCGUGGAGGUCUCAAGUAAGUCUCGGAAUUAUCUCGAGGCAUGUGAGGUUAGCUAGAUUCGUAAACCCAAACGAGCCCAAACGCCUUCAAUUCACCACCCCGUUAGGUAUGUAAAAAAAUUUUAAAAUUCGAAAAAAAGAGAAUGAUAGCAGGACAGAUUCUCACUAAACAACCGUCUGAUCCAGUGUCAAAUUUGCUAUAUAAUAAAUGAACCCACGAUCGAGUUUGCAGAAGUAGUAGUAGUAGUAGAAGUAGUAAAGAUUGCAGCUGGAGGUCUACACUGAUGCAACAUUGCAGUGAAGACUGUCGGCGCCUAUUGCUUAGCGUGGGCGACCAUGUGUAGCUCAGCUGCUCUUGCUAACGGCCCAGUAGUCGAAAUGAAUAUCAAACCAGUGCGAUAGCUUUCUCAUCUUUCCAUUAUUUUCGGCUCUGUAUUUCAGUUCCAUGUGGAAGGAAACUUAAGCAGGUAACCUGAACGUCAUUUAAAAUAGAAUUUGCCGGUAUUUUUUAAGAAACGAGUGAGAGUCGCAUUUUGUUUUCAUUCUUGAAAACAAAAAUUUGCAUAUGAUUGACAAAGAUGGUCUAGUAGACGUUCAUCCAAUUACAAGCGUAAUUAAUAACAGACGUGCGUAUUUCAUAUUUACACUUCCUACAUUCUUCUGAGGAUACUCACGAUAAUAAUUUAUUUGGGCAUAAAUUAAAAGCUUCAGGUAGGAAAUAGUUAAACAAGCGUUCAAAAAAUUGAUGCACCGGUAACUUAAGGCAAGUGACUUAUUCAUUCGUUUGUUCAGUCAUUCAUUAAUUCAUUUAUUUACUCAGGUCCUACAUGUACAUCCAUUCUUUGAUAAUUACAAUUUACAAUACUUCUAGCCGACGACUACCUUAGGCAAUUUAUUUUUAGCAUUUCGUGGGUGAAUCGAAGAUGACAGCUCAAGUAUAAUACUCAAGAAUGCUGAAUAGUAGGUAAAGAUUACAGAACAAGACAAACUGAUAGAGGUCCGUCAUAAAUUUAAAGAAGCGUUCAGACCCAGAGCUGAUCUUCAUCUAGGGUAUCGCUAAUCUAUAAUAAUAUUUUCUUUUACAGAAAUUAAACCCUGCAACAGAAGAGGCGUUGGAAAAUCUAUCAAAGAGGAUAUAUCGCACUCCAGUAUACCAAGAAAACAUUAAAGAAUUACCUAAACCCAGCCCUACGGUGCUCAUAGAUCUUAUAACAAUCCAAAACGAGAACAAAAUGCCAAUUGGAAUGGAAAACUGGCAAGUAAACGACCAGGAAGAGUUAGAUAGAAACGAAACAAGAGAGGAGGACGAGGAGGACGAGACAGAGGUGAAUGAACUUAUGAAUCCAAUUUUUUUUUCUGACACUCAUGAAAGUUCCUUGGUUUCCUGUUCAGAAAAUUCUCCAGGGAGGAUCAAAGACGGAACGCUAGCGUACGAAAUAUCGUGCUCAUAUACUCUACUAUCCUGCCUGUUCUGGUUAGAAUUUUAAAGAACAACUCAAAUCCCGGCAAUGUGAGUUCUUACGGCUUCUCGUCUUUUUUGCCACUAUUUUAUGUUGUAGGAGAGCAAAGAGUACUGCGAGCGUAAGAGCGAGGGCAAACUCGACAACGAAAGGGUGCCAACUGAUUCUGCAUCAUCAGCAGUGUGGCCCAUAUGGCCAGUUGGACUCAAAAUGAGAAAAACGCCGCUGAACUACCCUAAAAUUCCACUCCCUGUGUACACCCCGCUGGACUUCUCAAAACGAGAUCAGUCACAGAACAGUAACAACUGUAGUCAUGUCUCAGGGGAGCAAACUACGCACUGUUUGCAAUUGGACGCUAUGUUCACUAAAAGCCACACCAAGAAACAUGCUACAUUUACAAAUCAGUACGUCCCUGCAUUAACUGCAUAUAGAUACAGCUCUUUGGGUCUGGAAGAUUCAAAGCACCUGAAGUUUACAAGUCCAGAGACUAAGAACUUGAAGGAAAUGCAACCUGUUCAUGUUAGUCUCGUCCCGGUCAAACAUCCGGCUGGCGUUGAUUACGUAAGACUUCCCCUGAUUGGACGAAAGAAAGCAACUGAGCAAUCCCGUGAGCCCCAACCAAAGAACCACUGCGCAACUAGGAUGCUGGGAAUACGUUUUAAAACGGAUGCACACAGAAGGUAUGUCACGAAGAAACAUUCUUUUACUAAAAUAUAAAAACUGAACAUGUCGACUAUUCUACUGAGGCACAUUGAGCGUAAUUUUUGUCAAUUAGAUAUUUUUUAUCGUUGUGGCCUCUGGUGUUGUGCUUUCAAAAUCUGACGAAUUUCUUUUCACUUUCUCCUUAACCGUGUUUCGAUUUCUUAAACUCAAGCGAAACUUGCUCUUCUUUUAAUUACUUAUCUUUAGAAGGCUCCUCAUCAGGUAUUUAAAGGAUUACAUGAAAAUGCAUUCGUGACAGGCAUACUGGAAGGCUCACAAAUAUGCUGGUUACUUUGUGAAAUUACAUAACUUCCAAGCUCCUUUUUUUUUUUAAUCCUGCUAGUUGUUUUGCGUUGAUUAUUUAAAUAAAUCAUUAUGUGAUAAAACAUUCAAUACCAGAAUUCAAUUCUGGUAUAAUAAUCAAACAUUGUAUCAACAUUGAUCAAUACUAAAAAUAACCUAAACCUUGUCACUUAUGGAUUUUUCUCAGCUUAAAAAGUCACUGGAGGCGAUUAAUUUAAGUGUUUGUUCAAUUUUUGCAAAGAAAUAAGCAGAAUUAGUGUACAGAAAUGUACAGAGGUUGGAUGAAUAUGAGCUGCUACUAUCCCAUUCCGCGCGUCGGAGUGAGGUCACUUGCACCGACAAUUUUUUAAAGCUUGUGUGUUAUCUUUUGUAAAGCCAGGCUAUCUACAAAGCCUUUGAGAAUCUGGUUCAGGGGUCAAUCUGAUAGCGGGUUUCCUUUAAAUCUUGGUUGGCAAUUUAAGCGUUCGGUACGUUAGAUGCCCUUUUUUUUUAUGCUUGCUUGAGCAGGGUCAAGGUAUCUCUCAUGACUUCCUCUUCUGUUGUUAUUUUGCCAGGUAUAAUACCACUUACACAAACGUUGUUCCUGAUCUCAGAGAUUCGGUGAACACUGGAAGAAGGCAUUUCUUUUGGGGAAUCCACGCAUGCGCUUUGAGAUAACGUAUCUCGCAAGGUGACAUUUCAUACCGAAAGGAUAAAUUUCAUUCUGUGGGGUCAAAGUGUGAGUUUUUAUAUUACGAAAACAUGACUGGGUGCCGAAAGGUUUCUCGAGACUUUUAUGAGCCGUGGUUAUUGAGUUCACCGGGCUCAAAGACUCAAACUGAGUUAAAACGCAUCAUGGAAAGAUGGACAAAUAAACGGUGAAAUUCAAAAGAAAAUAAAGGGGACUUUGUUCUCCCGAUUGGUCUAAAUUGUGGAUUUAUUUAAAUGUUCUCGACCCGCGACCGUCUUACCACUCAGUUCUGUGCGUCAUUCUUUGUAAACAAAGGAUUAAAUCAACGAGCUUACCGUGUAUGACGUUCAGAAUGGACUUUGACGUCUGUUCCUAUUUUUUUUUCGAAAAACUUUAAAUUUUGACUGAUUUUAACCAUAAACGAUUAUAGUUUCAUACUGAAGGUCCUUCAAGACAGUGCAUGUACGUAUACAAUGUACGUAUCAUAUGUUCCGUACGAACAAGAAGCCGUAACACAUAAAAGUGACUGAAGAUUGUAUAGAAAUUUCAUAACUCGGUGAUCGGUAUCACUGCUUCCAGUUACCUCUACAGGUUUCAAGUUAUUCUUGUCGUUUGCUUUCUGUCGUUUAUUUUCUGUGUAACAUGAUCGAAAGGCGAAUAAAAGCGAGACGUCUAAGCUCGAAUGAUAAGAUACGGCGAAGUUUGUAUGUCUCAUUUUUAUAGUCGUGUCUGAGGGACCGUUUCGGGAAAUCUGGCUUAUUCAAAAUAAGUAAACUUUUUAUGUAGAUCAAACCGGAAAGUGUUUCUAAAAAUGUCAUCCCAUCUCCCACAUGGCAAUUACGAAAAUUGUUUCUUUGUAUGUUUACUGAUGUGACGAAAUUAAAGAUGUUUCAUAAAAGGAAAAAUAUUGAUUUCCUUUCCGCAGAGACACUAAAUUACUUUUUCCAUUGCAUGCGUGAACUAAGUGGAAAUCGAAUAUUUCCUAACAAGGCACUUACACGUAAAUUAAUUCAUAAAACGAAAAAGUACUUUUCACGUCUGUCGGGGAGAGACAAAGUUAAGUAGCUUUAGUAAUAAAUCGCUGUAUUUGACUUUGAGUGGGAGACAGAUUUACCGGCUGAAAGAAAUGUCUGAAAUGUUUUUUUUUAGUUUUUUUUCUAUCUAAUCAAACGCUGAUAGCAACUUCAAAUGAGCGAAAGGUUGUGGGGUGCUGAUAUCAAUUUCUUACCCUAUGAUUUCAACCGCAAUAAUAUCGACAAUUAUAUAAACAUAACCUUUAAGUAAAAUCCCACUCAAAUAGUUUUAAAGCUUUGUCGCUGGUUACUUGCUCGUAUAUUAAGACUAAGUUAAAAAUUUUUGUCAAACGAAUGCAAGCGAUGCUUGUUUCCUGAGUUCAAUAUAAGAUAUUUAAACGGUCGUUCGGGAAAACAAUUGAUUAAGAUGAUUAACGUUCAACCAAGCAAGCACAGCUUCGCGAUCGUUCGUAAAGCGAACAUCGAUUGAUCAAAUCCAUGGCCCAAUUUUUUCCGCCACAAUUCUGUCUAUUUGAGUGUGUGCGCUAUCGUUAAAAUUUAUUUACAUCCUAAUUCUGAAAAUAACAGCCGAAUUUUUUCUCAACCCCAAUUAAGCACCACUGUUGAUGAGAGUUCGUUUCUCCGACCGAGCGGAUAGACCACAACCGAGUUCCGUUUUAGUGUAUUGAUAGAGCGAAGGUCACUUUAGUCUUAUUACGCAAGAAGCCCCAUACUAAACGCCCACUUAUUUUGCAUUUGAUUUUCGUCUUCGAUUAUAUUAUAUUGUAUUUUUGUAAUGUUUUGAUCUCUCCUAUUAGAAAUACCAUGCAAUAUCAACCCUCCAUGUCAUCAGAUUCAAUUAAAACCAUUCGGUAAUAAAAGUAAAUCUCUCUACCUUAGUUACCCCUUCCUAUUCAAAAGAAAUGUGAGUGAAAAAUUUAGGAAUUUGCAAUUCUAAGAAAUUAAUAAAAUUAUUUCGAAUGCUAUUUUCAUCUGUGCCCGUCGACCAAGUGAGCAGAGUUCCUAUGAAAAAGAAAAAUUGACUUAUUUAGCUAUUGUUAUUUUAUUUUGGUGAAACGUUUCGUAGAUACGAACUCUCCGUUUUAGCAAUGUUUUUGUCUGUCUACAUUUUGAAAGGAGCAAUUGUUAAAUGAUUGAAUAUUUGCAAAGUCGACCGACCAAUCCUGAGCGUCUUCGCCUACUGUCAUUUUACGGACAUACCAGCAAGUUCAAGAAAUCACCUGUGCGACGGAAAUUAUGUUGGUUUAAUUAUGAUAAUAUAUUUUCAUCUUUCCAAAUUUGGGUUAUAAUAUGUGAGUUUACAGCCUCCAAUUGGUCAAUGAUGAUAAUUAUUUCACAAUAAGCGGUGCUCUCUUUCGUGUGCGAACAAUAGACCGGUCACAUAAAAUUCAAUGACUGCUGUGGGACGGUAGUUCGUUGGUUUCCGUGUAUUCCUCGCACAGUAUUUUCUCGUCAUGGAGCAUUCCUCUUUAGAUUUAAGUAUAGUAAAGAAGGAGCCGGGAUUUGACGAACCUUUUUCGUCCGAACACGGGAUAUUCGACAACAUGAUGUCAGAUGAUUUUCACGACACAAGCUUCCAUUCAGUGGUGAGUGCAGAUUCCAUUCAUACGCCUUGUAGUAAAACCACUCAAAUUACUGUCUAUAUAGAAAUUUCAUUUGUCUGCUUUUACUGACAUUUCCUGCUUUCUCUGUGCAGCACCACCUCUCUGAAGAAGUUCCCGUGGACUGGCUAUCAGGAUUUUUUGACGAGGUUUCUUCCUGUAGCGACUCGACUUUGAACUACAACAACACUCUACCAGAGUACACAUCAAGUAGUUUAUCAUACAACUCGCUUGGGAAAUCACAUUAUCUAAGUUUGAAUGGCCUAAGUAUGGAUACAAUGCCUAGCCUGCCAGAGGAAUGCUCCAACGAGUCGCUGUAUUGCUCAACGCCUUCAGCUCCGCACACACCAGACUACAAGCCUCUUUCACCCGCCUCGAUAGAUUCUUCACCGCUGGAAACCGAUGUUAAACCACAUCUGUUUGGCAGAGACGCUUUUUUCGAACCCCAAGAAAAUUUUGCACCACAGAUAAACAGUCGAUUAGAACCGGCAGAGCUUAAAAUGUUCGAGGCGAAUGACGGACCAAAAAGUUUACCAGACUCGCCUAAUUCUGAAAACGACUCCGAACGCAUUGACAGUGAAUCUGGUAAGUCACGAAACGGAACUUUCCGAGCCUUGAAGCACUUCCGUUCCUUCUGUCUUUCAUUGUAUGAUUUUCUUUUCUAAGUGACUUAUACUGGCGUUGUAAACAACAAAUGGGUCUUAAACCAUGAGGAAGACAUUAAAAUUUUAUCUGGUGUUGGUAAAUACGGACCCCUUUGUUUCUCACAUGACUCAAGUUUGUGUGACUUCCCUUAGCAAGGGGCGAGGAAAGCGCCUCUCUUGUUUCCGGAAAUUGGUGUAAUGUCAAAAAAAAAGAACGGUUUAGUUUUUCCUACCCUCUCAUAUAAACCAUAUAUACCAUAUAAACAAAACAGGGCUUGAAUUUCUAAGACAUGAGCGAUUCAGCAGGUAAGCUUACAGCUCUAUGUCUUGUCUGAAGAAUGAUCUUUGAACUACGAGAUGCAGAUAGAUUGUAUCAAGUUAAGCCAUGUCAGAGAUUCCACCAAACAGGGUUAUUUUGUAUUAUUCAAAUGAAUCUUUCAAACUGUGUUUUCGUCAAUCCCUGACCUAUUUUUUUUUUAUUUCUCUUUGAUAUCACCAUCACUGAGACUUUUUUCAUGGGUGCUUCAAAUUCCAUGGGAACAGAAAUGUCUCUCGUGAAUUACGAAACCUUUUCCUAGUUACGUUCAAUUUUAUUGUAAAAAUUCAUAGGUAAGAGAUCUGGUUUGUUUGGAAAACCGUAAUUUUGAUAUUUAUUUUUUAUUUGGUUCUCUGAUUCAUAUCAUAUAUGAUGUCUGUGAUAUAAGGUUCAGAUCUCAAAAAAAUUAAUGCUUGGUCUAGACAUUUGAUCUAGGCGAUUCUGUCGGUGUUCUACUUUUUGUCCGAAGGUUCUCUCCUUUUCUUUGUUCACUCUGGUGUGAGAUUUAUGCAGUUCUUACUCAUUUACUACCUCGUGCCAUCUUUACUUAGAACUAAAGCUUAAUUUAGUACCAGCUGUGUAAAUUUAAGCUGUGUCCUACAUCUAUUAACAUUAUGCUGGACUCUAAUCGUUGUUAAAAGCAUUUUGCAACUAAGUGAUUUCUGUUACCGUAAAUUUUCUCUUUGACUUUCACAGUGAGAAAAAAUGGAAAAGAAAUAAUUUUUUUUUCAAAAUGAAUGUUUUGGUUUGAUAAAGGGUAAACAUUUUUUUGAUAAAGCUUAAAACUCAUCCCUUAAAACAUUUUACAUUAUUUGAGGGUAGCCUUUUUAUGGGAAGCAAGGAGGAGCAAAAUCCAAGAUUGCUUUGACUGGGACCAUAAUUGUUUUGAAAGUAGCUGUUAAGAAAUAGAAGGUUUUACUUUUGGACAAAACAAUUUGCUUUCCCUUAAAGCAGUUUAGAACAAAUACAUAAACAGUGUCAGUCCCUCAGAAGCAUGCCAAUCACUUUCAAAUUAAGAAGUUGGUGUCCCUCCCCCUUCUCAAAACUGAAUUAAAUGAUUUAAAAACCUUUGAAGAUGACUAAAAAAGUGGCAUCCAUCUGACAAACUUUGCUACUGUAGAUGUGUAUGUGUACUUUUAAUUUACCUGUCGUGUUGUAGUCUAGUGCUGUUGAUUUGAACACUCCCUAGUGACUUCUAGCUCUGCUUUCCUUUUUUGUGACAAUAAUUGUUCUUUUACCUCUCUAAACUUUUCCUUACCUUAUUCAUAAGAGUUGAGAAGCAAGUCAAUGAAGUGUUCAUGGAUUUCUACAUUUUACCCCCAAAAUUAAAGUAAUAAUGUCCCUUGUUAACAGUAGUCUUUGACUUUUGUGGUCUUGCCAUGGUAAUUAAAAUUGGUGGGCAGAGGACAACAAUCUUUUCCAGCAAGCUUCUUAAGGCUUUUCUAGAAUGAACAGUAGUUAUGGCAACAAAAUCAUCACUGUAUAUUGGGAAUCAGAAAAAAAAAAUUUGUCCUUUUUAAAUUUUUUCUUACAGCUGUAAUGAUGUGACAGUACACAUUUCUUACCAUGAAAACAUAAAUGUACCUUACAACUGUAAAUGUUUUGACACUUAGCAAACCAUCUCUUACAUGUACUUUCUUUAUUCAGCUUCUGGUGAUGGUUAUUUUAACCCUACGCUGCCUGUCCAAUCAGAAUUUGCGACUCUCAGAGCAUGUAGACCUUACAGUAAGCAUUCAUUAAGCUGACAUUAAACUAAAGUGGGAAGAAUUUCUUAUCAGACUGUAAAAACCAAGCAGAGGACUGUUUUUCUUGGUGUUCUCUUUGUUCUAGAAAGUCAUGCUUUUUUUGUCCUUUGAAUUUACAUUUAGGCACAUAUUGAUAAAGGAAAAUGUCUUUUAAGUUACAGCUGAAUGUUGUAUCAGUCUGUUUUAAUGGUUAGGAGCUACAAAAAAGAACAAGGAACAUUUUUUUAACAUUGAAAAAGUAGCUUCAAUAACCGAGUAGAUGAAAUCAUUCUUUAAGAAAAAAAUCAUUUUCUGCUUGGCUCUAGUUUGAUUAAAAUUCAGUCUACUUUUAAUUAAUAAAACAGAAGCUGAGUAAUCAAAGAUGAUGUAUUUAACUUUUAAGCUUGUUUCAUUCUUGUUAACAAUUUUCCUACAAUUCUUCUGGUUAUAUCAAUAAAUGUAAGCAUGUUGACACAAGUAAAAUUUAUUAAACAUUGUGAGACACUAAAGGAAAGAAGUUGUCUACUGAACAGAUCAUUCUGCCUAGAGUUAACUACGACCACAUCAUAUAACCUAUUCAUUUUUGACUGUUAAACAUUUAUGUGAUUAAACAAAACAGAUUUGGAAAAAAGAUUUUUAAAGAAUGUUGUCAAAAUAAUUUUUGCAUAAAGGAUAGACACAUCUAGUACCAUAAUAAUUUUGUUAAAUGUUGAACUGUGUGUGAUUCUGCCAUCUUUUUUUCUUUUCUUUUAACUGUCAUUUGUACCUUAAAAUACCAAGCACUUUUAACUGUAUGAAUAAUUAUUUAUAUUUAGAUUUCUUCCCUCUCUUAACCCUUAAACCCCUGAGAGUGACUAGCAUCUAAUUUCUCCUUAAAACAUCACCCCUGAAUCAUUCAUCAAGGCCAGGAGAAUAAAGGAAAUGAUCAACUAAAGAAGCUCUUGAUUGUUAAACAAAUUCUUCUUGUCAAUACCAUAGGAAAUGUCUAGAAAACAGUAUGGAGAAUAUGCCUACUGAUGUUAGGGUGUAAAGGGUUAACCUAAACAUUACUUAUGUCUGGUUGAUGUCAUCUCAUCUAUUUCUGUAGAACAGUAAUGAAGUUUUGAACCCUGGAAUAUGGAAAAAAAUAAAAGUUUUUUUCUUCUCUCCCUUUUUUUUUUGUUCUUGUGGAAGCUGGGAAGAAGACUGUCACACAUUUAUCACCAAAAAAAAAUGGUUGUCAGAAUGAGAACAUGUUGCCUUAGGAACCAUGUCUUUCCAUUUUUCUUGUCUUCUUUUUGGUCAUUUGAAAUGUAUAUGCAUUAUAUAUGACUAACAAUUUCUUCUCUGCAACAUGUUUUUGUUUUCUACAGUAAUUUUAAUUUACAUCUGUAUAACAGGAAGCUUUUCUCUUGAACUGUGCUGUUUUUAGCUUAGAACUAAGGUUCUGUUAGUAAUAGAUUUGUGGUUAUAUAGCUUGUUAAGGUUUUGAUAAUUCUCCUUACAGGUUAUGACUCUGGUUCUCGCUCCCCUCAAUCCACAGCAAACACACCACCUCAUAUCAUAGAUGAUUGUGAUAUGUCAAGAUCCAGCACAGGAGAAACAACAUCACCUAUUAUUCAGGUACACCUUCAAACUCAUUUUUCACAUAAAAAAGUGGAACUUCACAUGUACAUGUAAGAGCAUAAUCAUUAUUACUAAAACCACUUUAACCCUUUACGGUUACGAGAAUAAAGGAAAGGGUUAAUAAAUUCAUUUUCAUAAUUACUCAAUUUAGUCUUUAUCUGGUGAAUUAUUUUAAAAUUUUGAAGCCAAAUGGGGCAAUGCAUUAUUCAUGUAAUAAAAAUCAUUUUUAUCCUGUAUUUGUUAUUUGGAGGUCAUGGUACAAUGUAUAUCUACAAAAUGUUGAUUGAAAGACCAAUUUUCCAUGCUUCAUUUUUACAUGCACAUGCAUGUACAAUGUUCUUUUACAUCUUAUUCAGUACGUUAAUUUCCAAGUAUUAUUAUAACUAUUUUCAUUAUUAUUAUAAAUAUUGUUAGUGAAGUCCGUCAGCUUUUUCAAACCUGUCACUUCAAAACUCUUUUUUUGUCUUUGGUUCAUCUAUCUACAUAGAAAUGUAUUGUUGAGAUUUUUUUAAUCAAACAGCAAAGGGAAUGGAGCUGGCUUUACAGUAGUGAAAGUCACUGUGUUUUUGAAUGCCUGUUUCUGUUCAUUUUGUAGCAUUCCCAAGAAAAACAACCCUUUUAUUUAACAGAUGAAGAGAGAAGGACCCUUGUAGCAGAGGGUUUACCAGUACCAACUGGUCUUCCCCUCACAAAGGUACCAACUAUGAACUACAUUUACUUGUAAGAAGCCCCUCCUCUACAAAGCCAUUUGAGUUUUAGGUUUAGAGAAAGUCUUCCUGUAAUCUGCCCUUAAAUAAAACUUAAAUUGCUAUUUACAUGCAUCAGCAUAUACUUACUUUGUAGAGGUCACUUUAGUACUUGCUUUAAGUAUUUUUAAGUUUUACAGUUGAAGAAUAUAAUGCUACUUAUAAUGCUAAACAGUUUUUGUGAAAGCUUAGCAACAGCCACAAGAAAAAAUAAUUACUGGCUUUUUAUUUCUCAUUGACUGGUUGUAAAUAAGCCCCUCACUGCUUUCAUAUCAUUUUGUCAAUUUUUACUUCCUAUAAUACCUUUCAAUACUUGGUUUUCUAUUCUACUGAAUUGGAAAGUGCAAGAAGAAACUGCAUGCACGUAAAGGUUUUUUUUGAUUAUUAUCACUUUUAAAAGAUGCACAUUGCCUAAGCAAUAUUAUGUUGAUCAUUUUUGUUAUUAUCAUCGUGGUCAUCACUCUCUUUCCAGCAACAAAACUGAGCUUUAUUCUUACAUUACUAAAAGUAAAUUUUUUGUUUUAAAUUGGGGUAGGUUGAAGAAAGAGCCUUGAAAAAAGUUCGACGUAAAAUCAAAAAUAAGGUAUGUUCAUUUUUAUCCAAGUGUUUGUAAGUUUUUCUUUCUUUCCAAAUGUGAUGUUUGCUUGUUAGCAUCCAUGAGUCAAAUAUGAUUUUUUUAGUUAUUUUAUUUGUAUUACUGGUAGUUUUUUUAACCUUUUUGAAAGACCUGCAAUUAUCAUCCUCUUUGUGAUCCAAGCAUCAGUUAUACACAACAUGUCCUUGUUGUUUAAUAUGGUGUGUUUUUUGUCCAACAGAUUAGUUUUUUUAUAUUCUUCUGUUUAAACUCAUUAAACUACUUUUAUUGUCAUUUGAUAUUUAGAUUUCUGCACAAGAGAGUCGACGUAAAAAGAAGGAGUACAUGGAAACACUUGAAAAGAGGUUUGUUUGGGAAAACCAUUUUCUUUGGUUUCUUAGUUUCUUUGAAUCAGGAAAUCAUGCUGAUUGGGCUUAUUUCUGUGACAAACAACUUUAUUCUCUUGUAUACAUAUAUGUAGCCAGAACAAUAUUUAUUCCUGUGCAAAUAGGAGUAAAAGGCAAACAAAAUUCAGGAGGUCAUCAUUUUGUACUAGUUGAUGCAAAAUUUACCUCUGUAAUGCCUAUCCCUUUUCAGUCAUUGUAGUAUUAACUAGUUUACUUACUUAACCCUUUAACUCCCAAGAUCUGAUUGUUAAUUCUCCCCUCUGAUUGGUACACUAUUCCUUUUAAAUAAGUUGUGAGAAUUUGGUGUUAGAUCAAGAUACAACUUCUUCCUGAGAAGUUUGAGUAUUCUUAUUACCUGUUGGCUGGAUAAUGUAUGGAUAUUAUAGGGAGAAGAAGAAGUUACAGAAUACAUAUCACCAACAAACCAAAGUUUCUUCUUUCCUUUUUGUCUCUACAGAGUAGAAAACUGUGCAAGUGAAAACUUAGAACUUCGCAAAAAAGUUGAUACGUUAGAGACUACAAACAGGUAAGUUGUCAGAAAAGCCUGCGGGUAAUGUAACAUCUGUUUACUUAUACUGUGUGCUAUGAUGCCACUAUCUUAAUGUUGGUGUUACGAUAUCUAUGUUUAUCAUUUGUUUGCCUUUUCUUUCUAAUAGAUCACUUAUUAGUCAACUUCAAAAACUUCAGUCAUUAAUAGCAGCUAAAGUUCCUCGUGCCGUCACGGCUAGAUCUACUCAAACUAGUACAUGUUUAAUGGUAAGAUUUUAUUGUACUUGUGUGAUGCCAUUUAAUGCAUUUUUUCCUGAAACAACACUUGUUUGUUUCCUUUAAAUAUUUAGUAUUAUGUAAUCGUAGUACCAAAGAAAUACAAUUCUUAAAAUCUAAAUAGCUAAUGAUUAGCCCUGUUUUCUCUAGAGACUAGUUAAGAUAAAUGUUCUUCGGAGCAAGAGACUUGCUUCUUUGUCAAGAAGAGAUACCUAUAAUUAUGGGGGUGAUAGAAUAUCCCGAAAUGCUCGUGAGAUGCCCGUCUGAGAUUCCUUCCCCCCCCCCCAAUUACGCCCAACCUCCUCUGUUUAGAAAAUCCUUCUCAUACCUCUUCUGGAAGCAUGAAAAUGACCAAAGAAUAUUGCUACUCGCUUCACUUAGAGGGGUGGUAGUGCGUCGCAAUUGUUUGUCAGGUUUUUCUGGAUAAUUAUGAUUACUAUUCUCCUGGAUGGAAACAAUUGACCGUGUCUUCUGUAAUCCCCGUUACUUAAAUCACUCGCAAUUUAAUCUGCAUAGUUCUUUUUAACCAACCUGAAGGAUUAUAUUGACUUUAGAAAACGCCCUCAUGCGCUCCCUUGGCAGCGAUCAAACCUGGACAAAAGCUUCCGCGUCGAGCUUGAAUUCGCACACACAUGUACGUGUAGUUUAGCUCAUUUAGCCUGGCCGGAGAGAACUACAGUAUGAUUUUAGGAAACUUCUCUGACACAGUUCAUAUUUUGGUGUAUACUGUAGGUUGUGGUGCUUUGCUUUGCCGUAUUUCUCGGUAACUGGAGCCCCCUUUCGACCACUGGCUUGAGUCUGCCGUCAUUAACUAGUCCGGUUAGUAAGGGAGGUGUCGAUUACAGCACGCCUUCAGGUGAGCAACGGUGAAGUUAACAUAACAGUAUCGUGAGCAUGUGAGUCUUUUGAAAAUUAAAGCAUGAUUUCCUUGAAAAAAAAAACAGCAUUUGGAAGACCGGGUGAUUUCGCGAUCAAAACUUUGUUCAGAGUACGAUGAUAAGGUAUUUAGGCUAAUCAUUAUGGAAAGAUCUUCCUAUCAAUGCUAUUUCUAUACACUUUUAGUACGCUCCCGCGUGUUGCUGUCAGUUGUCGAUGAUCUGGAUUCAGAGGAGUUCAUGGAAUAUGGUCCCACAAACAGUCUGUUUGAUCCAGUGGACCAAUUGCUACCCUCUGUUCCAGCGACGAAGCAUUUAACACCAGCAAAUGAAACGAAUCAAUUCGUUUCCAUGGAAGCAGUUGCUAGGGAAACAAGGAAAAAUGAAAGUCAAUUAGUUGCAUCCGCAGCUUAAAAAUGUUUCGCACCUAAAUUAAUAUUACAGAUAUUAACAAUCAAUUAUGACAGAGGGUAUUUUAGUAGGGAGCAAAUUUGUAGAAAAAAAACUAUAUAUUUUGUAUUUUAAAACAGUUUGUAAAGCUAAGAGAGGGUGGCACACAGUUACAUUAAUUUCAACUAAAUGUACAAAUAUUUCAAUCGCUGAUCACGUUCACUGUCGCUCUUGUUCUAUUUUCUCUUAACUUAAACAAAUUUAAAUCAGACCAAAAAACCCAGUCAUACAUAUUCACCCAGUAUUUAACUAACUGUUCGUAAAGUUUUGAGAAAUAUUUGUAUCGGUUAACGCAUGAUAGUUUUAUGAAGUUGAAGUUUAGAGAACAGAUGGGAACUUAAAUUAAGUAUAGGAUUUUUAAUAUUAAUUUAAUAACCAAAAUGUCGUAAUUGAAGAGACCAAUAACCUUUUUGUAAAUAAAUUGUACAAAUAGGCCAAGAACAUGCUAACAGUGCAGAGCAUCCCUGUUAGUUUAGCGAAAAGUGGUGUAAUGGUGCAGUGGUAUUACUUUAAGAAGUUACUUUGUCAUCAGUCUUUCCAAUCGAUUUGGGUUACCCACCUUGAUGGAUUUUUGUUGUUUAGUUUGUCCCUUUGUUGUGGUAGUUGUAAUUUUUUAACUCUAUGGAGUAUUUUUUCCAGAAAGGUAACCUAAUGAGUGGCUUUCCAUUUUUCUGCUGUUCUGAUCUUACCCACUUGGUGACCGUGUGUGGUUGAAAUGCUCAUCAACCACUUUCACUUACACCGUACCAGUAGAAUUAUUGUGUUACUUAACAUCUGUAACUUUAUAUAGCCUUUCAAGGUUGACUGUAUUGCACCGCUUAGUUGAAAGGAACUGCACUGACGUAACCAUCUUUACCUGGGCACUAGUACUCAAUGACAUCAAUAGUUUUAACGGGUUUUGUAUUUCGUAUCGCUAGAAUACUGUAUAAGAUUACUAAAUACUACCUUCCAAAAGUGGUUUUUAUUUGAAGUACCCUUUGAAUGGGAUUGCCGCGGUAAAGAUAAUACUAAUUUCAUAUUUUACGCGAAAGUUUGCGCCAAUUUUUAGGGGCAAUUGUAAAAUUGUUCCUGGAUAAAAUCGAAUUGUCCUCCUGAAUCAUUUACAGAGACGUAGAGGGAGAGAAGUAUCAUGAAUAAAAAUAAUAUAUUUAGAAAAGUAACUUGUACAAUAUUUUAUGAUGCGAAUUGUGAUGAAUCACAAUGAUGUCGUUUUUUAAAUCUUUUUAGGCUACGGAGAGCAAGGAUGAACACGUCUAUUUACAUAAGUACUUAAAGUUUUUCGGAAUUUGCAGUUCUCAUCUUUGAUCUUUCGAAUUCUUCGGACUCCAUUGUCUGGAGUACGCACAAAAUCGAAAGCUUGAUAAUUUCUUUAACAUCAGCACCCUUAAACUAACAUUUUAAAUAUCUGUGCGCAUGAG